AUGUUACCCAGUCUUCUUCAGGGACGAUGCAUCCGAUUAAAUUGGAAAUCGGUGGUUUUUCUAAUGAUGUCGCUAAUCCUUUCGCACAUACGAAUCACUCAGUCAUCCGUUAAUUCCAACAAUCCUGAAGUCACUCCCACCAAGCUGGAAAAAAUCAGCUCCGAUACAGACCGUUCAGCAGUAACUAUAAACUCUAAUUCUAAAUCUUCCUCCGACACGAGCCACUGCCCUAACGAUACACUCUGUACAGACCUUCCCAACUCGUGCCUGCAGUGCACGUACAAUCCACAGUGUGUGUACGGUGCGGAGAUAAACGUGACCUGUCUGCCGAAAACGAACGUGAACUGUCACGUGGACAAGCUGAAGACGGCCGCCCAGAACGAGAUCAAACGAUCGAUGAUCUGCCGGUACUGCUACCAAACGGAACGCUGGGAACAUAACUGCGAACAGAAGGGUGGCUGCAACUCGAUCGAUUCGCAGUACAAAACCAACUGUACCGUGCAUCCGGAGCUGCUGUGCAUGGGCCAUCGUACGUUCAUGAAGAAGAUCCCUUGCAACUGGACGCAAGGUUACCGGUGGGUAACGACCCUGAUCGUAAGCAUCACGUUCGGUGGUUUCGGUGCGGAUCGGUUCUUUCUUGGCCACUGGCAGGAAGGCAUCGGUAAACUGUUCAGCUUCGGUGGUUUGGGCGUUUGGACGCUGAUCGAUGUAUUGCUCAUCUCGCUACACUACCUCGGUCCGGCCGAUGGAUCGCUAUACAUCUAA